AUGGCAGCAAAUGUCCAAUCCUCUUCCUUAUGGUCUAAAUGGUAUUCUUGCUUGAUUCCUACGACAUUCAUUGGUGUAGGACUCUUUUUGAUCGCAGGUAUAAUUGUACUGUCACUUAUUCCUGCAUUUAUACCAACAAAAACUUUAUCUGCUGGAGAUUCUUAUAGUUCCUUAAUCAACUUGAAAUACAAUAUACCACGAACUCUUGUAGGAGAUCUUAGUGAAAACACGAUGGUAUUACAUUCAGGCAAUUUAACCGAUAAUCGAGUGAAACUUUUUGAAGCUGUUCUUCAAAAUAAAUUAUAUUCGAACCAAAAUUUUAAAAAUCUUCGUAUUAAUAUAAGCCAAGUGUCGACGCAAUCAUUGGCGAGUAGUCGUCGUCGUCGAACAAUUAAUCGUCGUUCUUCAAACGGAGAGAGGGUGAUUAUCUAUCAAAAGUCGGAUAACUCUACAGAAUUUGAUCAAUUAGAAAUAUUCUUUCGAUUAGUGCGUCAUGAACCUUUGACAAAGAGUAUCAUUUCGAGUGCUCUUAUCAAUAUUUUCAAUCAAAUCGAAUUUAAUGCUACAACAUUUCUUACAUUAUUUGGUGAUGAUUCCACGAGCGGUUUAUCAACACGUGCAAUUAGUUAUCAUGUCAAGGAUAGUGGAAUUAUGACAUUUGACGAUGUAAAUGUCUUUGGUAUCAAACAUUAUACUGGAAAUAUUCAAAAUAUUUAUGCAAUUCAAACAAACAAUACUAUUUAUACAAUUGACAAUGGUAAAAUUGUUCGAAUACGAUCGUUAAAUGAAACAUUCGUUUUUAACUAUGAUGAUGUUAAUAAUCAUACUUACCAAACACCUAAUAUUACAUUUCCAACACCAAUAUUUAUCUUUCCACAAAAUGAAUCGGUACCAAAUAUUUUCACAGGAAUUCUUGUAAAAUUGAAUAAUCAAAUUAGUAGUAGCUCAGUUGAUGAUGGUACUUUAUUACUAAAUUAUCUUGAUGCAAAUCAAAUUAACAAAAGUGCAGUUAUGUUAACUAUGGGUGGUGGAAGAUAUUAUGUACCAUUACCAACUAAUGAUUCAUUAUUUGAUAAAUAUUAUGAUUCAAAUAAAUUUCUUACAACAAUUACUCAACAGAGUGAUGCAUAUUUACAAUUAUUUCAAACUUAUCCAAUUGUUGAUAUAUGUUCAAAAGUUCCAGAUGUUGGCAAAUCAUUUUGUUCGUUCAUUGUUCAAGAAAUGACUGUAACAAUUCCUGGAGUUCUUCGUACAGCAUCACAAAAUAUUUCGGAGUUUCAAACAAAAUCUCAAUUGUUUGGUCAAAUGACUAAUUUUACAGUUAUUGCUUUGGUUCCUGGAGAAGAAUCACUAAUAAUACCAUUGAAUACAAAUAACCUAAUUAGUAGUAAAUCAAAUACUCGAGUGGUUAGAAAUGUUAAUGAUAUAGAUAUAACUCAAUUAAAUACAUUUUCGAUUCAAAUAAUUGGUGCUCGUGGUCAAUGCAAUGAAGAAACAGUAGCUGGAAAUGAUAUACCUGAUGAUAGAAUUAUUGAGAUUGGUAAAUCACAUACGACAGUAACAUUUUCUUAUGAAACAUAUGUUAUCAAAGAUCAAAUCGAAGUUUAUUACAUGAAUCAACAAAUCUUUUCAACUGGAUGUGUCGGUGCCAACGGAGCAAUAAAUUUAACUUUAGAUGGUGAUGAAAGUACAUUGAGAGUCAAUGUUAUUCCAGAUUGUGCAGGUGACACUGGAACUGCUUGGUAUUACUCUUUACAAUGUACCAAUGAAUUAAUUUGUGAAGACGAUAUUUGCUAUUGUGGAUUAACCCGUAAAAACUCUACACAAAUUCAACCUGCUACAUAUAAUGGUUGUGGAGGAGAAGGUUCACCUUUUAAUUUCCUUAUUAAUCCUUUGGGCGAUAUGUGGGGAUUUACACCUGCCUGUAAUGAUCAUGAUAUGUGUUAUGGAACAUGUAACAAUCUUAGAAAUACAUGUGAUACAAAUUUUCUUACAAGUAUGCAGCAAACUUGCUCGAAGUUUUCUUCUCUUCCUGAUGGAUAUAAUAAUUGUGAAGGAUGGGCGGGCAUAUUUUAUCUUGCUGUACACUUCGAAGGAACACAUUUUUUUGUUCCUGGUCAAAAAGACGAUUGUAAUUGUGUUACAAAAUGA